CUUGCAAAUUCUUUAAUCGCCAAAGUUCAAUUAAUGAGACUCUUGUUACGCCGCUGCAAAUAACGGAAUAUACUUAAUCCAGUUCAAAAAGAAUGCGGGUAAAAAAUAUUCUGAUUCAUCGAGUUUUUGCUCCAAACGCUGCAUGCAUAAGUAAUUGCCGGCUGUUAUGGUCAUUCUAGCAGGAAAUUAAAAAUUAAAAGUGCUACCGUAACACAAUUGCGACAAGUGGAUAACCUUCCCCAAGGUUAUAAUAGGCUGCUCGAAAAAACGAAUCCGGAAAAUGCAUUGUGAAACAAACGCUGCACGUUUUACCUUAAAAGUUCUUGCAUAAUCUAUCUUAAGUACUAUUUACUUACUUCCAUUUCAUUAUUAUUCCGAUCGAAAAGUUACAGAAUAGCUCAUAUCCCGUGCGAUUUUUUGUUCGCCAGUUUACGUAAUCGAUGGAAAAUGGAGAAUUGGCGAGGUUUAUGUGAUAAGAACACUUACUCGUAACAUUGGUGUUUGUGCAGCUUGUCUCGUGACGAUAAUAUGAUUAAUUACGGGUUAUACUUUUGGGUGUACAUAACUGCUGUAGUAGUUGCAAUGGAUCUCAAGGUUGAAAUUGAUACAGGGGUACUAGAGGGGCAAUACGUAAAUGGGCUAACGCGUACGUUCUCCUCGUUCACCAAAAUUCCAUACGCCGAGCCACCCUUAAACAAAUUGAGAUUCGCAGCACCUCGACCCGCACUACCAUGGAAAGGGACCCUCAACGCGAAGCUCGAAACGCCUUUAUGCCCGCAGAUAAAGCUAUUCACAAGUUCUACCCUUACCGGUGAAGAAGAUUGUCUAUACUUGAACGUCUUUACACCAAAGGUGGAAAGAAACGAAACCAAUAAUUUACCAGUAAUGGUAUUCUUUCACGGCGGGAGCUUUCGUUUGGGUGCCGCAACCACGCUUAAACCCCACGCAUUUUUAGAGAAGAAUAUUGUAUUGGUCACUGUCAGUUACAGGCUAGGUGCGUUGGGUUUUCUGUCAACGGGAGACGAGGCGUCGCCGGGUAAUAAUGGCUUGAAAGAUCAAAAUUUAUCCAUCCAAUGGGUAAAGAAGCAUAUCCACCAUUUCGGAGGAAACCCGAACAAAAUAACAAUAUUUGGUCAAUCGGUCGGUGGUGGUAGUGCGUAUUAUCAUAUGCUCUCACCUUUGAGUAAUGAUUUAAUUAACGGCGUUAUAUGCCAGAGCGGAAUAGGCAACGCUAAAUGGACGUUUGGAUCUAGAGACGAAGGGAAAUUUCUCUCUAAAAAGUUUGCUAAACUUCUUAAUUGCUCAACAGACUACAGUCACGUUAUGGUAGAGUGUUUAAGAAAAGUUUCUUCUCGGGAUAUUUUACUUACACAACUUAAGCUCUCAGUACCAAAUAUUUCAAAGAGCAUACCAACGUUUAGGCCAGUCAUUGAACCAGAAGUCAGGGGAGCAUUCCUGACACAACCUUCUCUGGAUAUUAUAAAAAGUGGAAACUUUACCAACGUGCCAUUUAUGGUUGGAAUCACAGCUAACGAGGGUUGUAUGUGUACUGUCGACCAUUGCCAGGAUCGUACGGCGAUUACGAAAUUUAAUCGUCAUUUCGACGAAAUAAUCUCACAAGAAAUCGGAAUAGAUUACCGCAUAGACAAAAAGUACAUUACAAGGGAGGUUAAACGAUUCUACUUUAAAAACCAAACGUUAACGUGCGAUGAUAAAGGACGAACCAAUAUUUCAAAUAUGUACACAGACGCACUUUUCCUCGAUCCAAUCAACGAGGUUUUAGAAUUGUAUUUAAAAUACAACCUCACAUCUCUAUACCACUAUAAUUUCGAAUACAAAAGUACUACGUUACCCAGCACUAGCGCUGCUAUGGGUGAUCCUCUUCACGACUACGGUGUAUGCCACUCAGAUGACAUGAAUUAUUUUUCAUGUGAUCCCAAUUCGUUAAAACAUUACAGCCCCAAGGAUAGAGCCGUGGUCGAGCGAAUGGUAAAUAUGUGGACAAAUUUCGCAAUUUAUGGUAACCCGACACCACUCGAUGGAGAAUGGAAAACAGUAAAAACCAAAGAUCUGGAGUACUACGCUAUUAAGGGCCCACAAGGGGGUAAAAUGUCUAAAAGGCUACACGGAAACCGUGCUGAUUUUUGGAGGCAUUUGCAAGUAUAUUUGCGCAACUUGUCUUGGAACGAUACUAUGAUACAUUACUGGUUAUACUUUUGGGUGUACAUACCUGUUGUAGUAUUUGCAGCGUAUCCCAAAGUUGGAAUUGAUUCAGGGGUCCUAGAGGGAAAAUACGUAAAUGGGUUAACGCGAACUUUUUCCUCGUUCACAAAAAUUCCAUACGCCGAGCCACCCUUGAAUCAGUUGAGAUUCGCAGCACCUCGACCCGCACGUCCAUGGAAAGGGAUCCUGAACGCGAAGCUCGAACCGCCUGUAUGCCCGCAAAUGUUACCAUACGAAAAUUCUUUCCCGAGAGGUGAAGAAGAUUGUCUAUACUUGAACGUCUUUACACCAAAGGUAGAAGGAAACGACACCAAUGGUAUACCAGUAAUGAUAUUCUUUCACGGUGGAAGCUUUCGUUUGGGUGCGGCAACCAUGCUUAAACCAUACGCAUUUUUAGAGGCGAAUAUUGUUUUGGUCACUGUCAAUUACAGGCUAGGUGCGUUCGGUUUUCUGUCAACGGGCGAUGAAGCGUCGCCGGGUAAUUACGGAUUGAAAGAUCAAAAUUUGUCAAUCCAAUGGGUAAAGAGACAUAUCCACCAUUUUGGAGGAAAUCCGAACAAAAUAACAAUAUUUGGACAGUCGGUCGGUGGUGCUAGUGCCCAUUAUCAUAUGCUCUCACCUUUGAGUAAAGAUUUAAUUAACGGCGUUAUAUGCCAGAGCGGGUUAGGCAACGCUAAAUGGAUGUUUGAACCUAGGGACGAAGGGAAAUAUCUCGCUAAAAAGUUGGCGAAACUUCUUAAUUGCUCAACAGACUACAGUCACGGUAUGGUAGAGUGUCUAAGAAAUGUUUCUGCUCGGGAAAUUGUACUUACACAACUUAAGCUUCCAUUACCCAAUAUCGCAAAGAGCAUACCAAUAUUUAAGCCGGUCAUUGAGCCAGACGUCACGGGAGCAUUCCUGACGCAACAUCCUCUGGAUAUUAUAAGAAAGGGAAACUUUGCCAAAGUGCCAUUUAUGCUUGGAAUCACAGCAAACGACGGUUGCAUGUGUAUUUCUGACCAUUGUGGGGAUCGUAUGGUGAUUACGGAAUUUCAUCGUCAUUUCGACGAGAUAAUCUCAAAAGAAAUCGGAAUAGACCACCGCAUGGACAAAAAAGACAUUACAAGGGAGAUUAAACGAUUCUACUUCAAACACCAAAUGAUAACUUGCAAUGAUAAAGGACGAGCCGAUAUAUUAAAUAUGUACACUGACGCACUUUUCCUCGCUCCAAUUAACGAGGUAUUGGAAUUGUACUUAAAAUAUAACCACACAUCUCUAUACAACUAUGAUUUCGAGUACAAAAGUACUACGUUACCCAGCAGUAGCGCUAUUAUUGGUGAUACUCUUCACGAUUACGGUGUAUGCCACUCUGAUGAUAUGAAUUAUUUUUCAUGUGAUCCCAAUUCGUUAAAGCAUUACAGCCCCAAUGAUCGAGCCAUGGUCGAUCGAAUGGUAAAUAUGUGGACAAAUUUCGCAAUUUAUGGGAAUCCGACACCGUUCGAUGAAGCGUGGAAGACAGUAAAAACCAAUGAUUUGGAGUACUACGCCAUUGAGGGUCCACAAGGGGGCAAAAUGUCUAAAAGGCUACACAGCAAGCGUGCUGAUUUUUGGAGACAUUUGCAACGGUAUUUGUAAACAUUUAUGUUAUAAUGAAUUGUACUUAUCCAAUUUAAUACUAAUAUUUAGAGUGGG